AUGCAGAAGGUGGAUGCAUGGACUAGAAAGGUUGAAAUGCUUAAGGAAGAAGUGAGAAGGAUGCUGGUCAACGCCAAGGGAUCAGUGCAAGAAAUGAAUCUGAUCGAUGAUAUCCAGCGGCUUGGAGUGGCUUAUCACUUUGAAAAGGAGAUUGACGAGGCAUUACAGCGUAUGUACGAUGCAUAUACAGAUGUUAAUUAUGAUGAUUUGUAUGCUGUUGCACUCCGAUUCCGACUGCUAAGGCAAGGAGGGUACAAUGUGUCUUCAGACCAUGACCAUGAAAAUUUAAACGGUGAAGCAGAUGUUUUCAGCAAAUUCAAAGGUGAGGAUGGAAACUUCAAAGCAACCCUAAGCAGCAAUGUGAGGGGCAUGUUAAGUUUAUAUGAAGCCGCGUACUUAAGCAUACAAGGAGAAGAUAUAUUGGAUGAAGCAAUUGUUUUCACUAGUGGCCAUCUUAAGACCAUCGUGGCAUACCUUCAUCAUCCUCUUGAUGCAAAGGUACAGCGGGCCCUAGAGCUUCCACUACACAAGCGCAUACCAAGGCUGGAGUCAAGGUGCUACAUUUCACUCUAUCCAGAAGUUGAGUCUCACAACGACGUGUUGCUUGAGCUUGCAAGAUUGGAUUUUAAUUGUCUACAGUCACUGCAUCAGAGAGAGUUGAGGGACCUCUCUAGGUGGUGGAAAGAUCUUGGGCUUGCAACCAAGUACCCUUUUGCAAGAGAUAGAUUGGUGGAAACGUACCUUUGGAUUUUGGGACUGUACUUUGAGCCUCAGUACACCCGUGCAAGAGCCAUAACAACCAAAAUAAUGAAAAUUUCAUCGAUAAUUGAUGACACUUACGAUGCAUAUGCCACCUUCGAGGAACUUGAAAUAUUCACUAAUGCAGUCUACAGGUGGGAACUUGAGGCCUCAGAAGGGCUUCCAGAUUACAUGAAGGCUUGCUAUCUUGUGCUCCUGAACACUGUGGAUGAAAUAGAGAGCCAGAUGAUGCCAGAUGAAAAAUUCUAUCGUACAAACUACAUAAAAAGAGAAAUGAAGGUGCUCGUCCAGUCCUACUUGGAUGAAGCCAAAUGGGUCAACAGAAGGCACGUGCCUAAAAUAGAAGAGCAUCUUCAUGUUUCACUACUCAGUUGUGGCUUCUCAUUACUCAUUGGUGUUGGCUAUGUUGGCAUGGGAGAUGUGGCCAGCAAGGAAGUCUUUGAUUGGCUGAAUACCCAUCCAAAGUUCGUUAUGGAUUUGUCUAUUGUAUGCCGACUGGUGGAUGACAUCGUAGGCCAUCAUUUUGAGCAAGAGAGGGAGCAUGUUGCUUCAACUGUCGAGUGCUACAUGAAGGAGCAUGGUGUAUCAGAGGAAGAAGCAUGUACCAAGCUUCGAGAAAUGAUUGCUAUGGGGUGGAAGGACAUAAACAAGGCAUGCCUUAGACCGACAGUUAUCCCAUUGCCACUUCUUCUUCGAGGGACCAACUUACCACGUGUGAUAGAAGACCUAUACAUCCAUGGAGAUGGAUAUACUCAUUCCAAACAUGAGACGAAAGAGAAAGUCAUUGCGCUGCUUGUUGAUCCUGUUCCCAUUCCCAUGUGAAAAUGGGGUGUGCCACACUCGUCUUUGGUUGCUUAAAUAAAUCUCUGUUUUACACUUACCCAUAUUGUAUAAGGGUGGGGCUACAUCCAAUGCAUAUAUUUAGGUUUAUAGGAUUAUUGGGUGUUUUACACUUAUCUAUAUUGUAUGAGGGUUGGGGCACAUCCAAACUAUUUCUCAUAUGCAUCUAAUUUAUGUUUAUAUGAUUAUUGGGUGCUUACCAAGGGUU